GAAUGGAUUUGAUUUGUUUAUGUUGGCAUUUGGCUCAUAAGUCCCAUUACUUGGUUAUCUUGAAAGUGCAAUAUGCACGUUACAGCUGAUUCCUAUUUUCUUACCUGUGGUUGUCCUUUCACAUCUGUCUGUCAAACGAUGGUCAAAUCAAACGUUUAAAAAUUUAUUUAGCGUUCGACAGAAAAUCAUUGUGGCUUUGGCUUGUGACUGUCGAAAACUCCGAUGAAUGAAAAUGAGUAGUCGUGUAUUAUAAUAAAUAUGGAAUAGCGCCAUUCUCACAACAUGGAACCAUCAAGGGAAGCAUGUGAGUUGCCGACAGAAAUGGCGAAGUUAGAUAUUAUGGAGGUAGACGAGGAAAGCUCGCGGGAAACGCAAGUGUCUGCGGCACGUGUGCUACGAAAGAGAAAAUCACUGACUCCAGAAGUAAGCAAACCGUCUAACAGACGGGUGAGUAUGAGGCCACGCAAACACCACAUAAUGACGGAGAAUGCAAACCCCAAACAAAUUGAGGCCCUGUAUCUUAACAAAAAAGUGAAAACAUUAUCUCAAACAUUAGAAACAAUAUACGAGGACCCAAAACCUAAUAAUGAGACUGAAACUUUAAUUGGAGGAAGAAAGGUGAAAAGACUGCUAACAUUCCAGCUUGGAAACCAGUAUACCAAGGAUAAAAUAAAAAAGCGUAGAGCAAAAAUCAAGAAGUUAUUGGGAAGCAGAGCUUUUUUAAAUAGGAAGAAGAUACCAAUGAAAGUAUUUUUAGAGACUAUUAAUAGCUUGGAGUUAGAUGAAGUACAAACUGAAUCAAUGAUUACUAAGAACACUACAGAUAAGGUUUAAUUUAUAAAUAAUUGUGUUACCUAUAAUGGUAUCAUCCCAAUCUCCCAUCAAUCUAAUCUUAAUAUGAAAAGUUCAAUCCAAAAAGUGUAAUUCAAAUAUUUGCCAUUAAAUAUGUGUUAUGAAUA